AUGCAUGGUGAAAAUCGACAACUAGCUAUAUGUGGUGGUCUACUUGGUCUUUGUGGAUUUAUCAUGGCUCUCAUUGCCAUUCGAAUUCCAUAUUGGACUGUCAUUCAUUCUCACUCAUCAACAACAACACCAAAUAUUACAUCCUAUGGACUGUUCAAACAAUGUAAUUUAGAAAAAUGUACCACCCGUUCAUCAAAACAUUUCUCACCCAUCAUUUUAUCGAUAUUGGCCACGUUUACCCUCUUACUAGGCUCAUUUUUAACCUGUCUACUCGGGUUUUAUUCAUUUUCUCGUCGACAUUUUUAUUUGGCACCCAUCUGUUUAUUUAUCUCGUGUUUUCUAUUUCUCGGAUGUUUGAGUAUUUAUGGAAAAGAAUCGUUAUUAAAUAGUCAUUCAUCAAAAUUAAUCGUUGCUACACUCGCAUUUGUCUUCAAAGCAUUAUAUCUUGCCUCUUACAUUUCUGGUCGAUAUUCAAUAUUGUACAAACAACAUCAGCAAGAUUUUGAAAAGAAUUGUCAGCAUGGUGAUGGAGGACUUUGA